GAGGCGAGUCAGGAGGAGCAGCUAUUGGGAGAAGGGGUGGAAAAAUUUUCUGAUGCUUAAAAAUAACCUUGUAACCUGAAGUCCUUAAACUGUGGAAGAAAGGAACACUCCUUUCCCUUGUUGUUUUCUAGAGUUAAGAUUUCAAAUCCAUAAAUUAGAGGCCCUAAAAUUAGAGAGCAAUUAGCUGCUCAUUCAUUCCACCCCCAGUCAGCACGGGGGUGCUGGAAGAGAUCGGGAAUAAUAGUGCAGACCAAUGAGCCUACGGAGAUGCUUUAAUUCUCUCUCCUUCCCUCAACUGUUCUGGAACCUAUCGUUUGAAUUAGCCGAGUCAGGCAGGAGGGGGCGGGGAAUCCUUCCGCCCUUCUUAGGAGGGGCUGCAUUGCAGGGGGAGAGUGAGCAGACAGACUCAGUCACUGAAGAGGGAAAGGGAGUGAGAAGACAAAGCCUUCCAAGCCCCAACAGCUUUGUAUUUCUCCAGCCCGGCGCAGACCCCCGAGCCCCCGAGGCACUCCCUCCAUCUUUGGAACACGCCAGUAAUUGAUUGAUUACAGGAAGCUAUGAGGGACCCUGUGAGCAGCCAGUAUAGCUCCUUUCUUUUCUGGAGGAUGCCCAUCCCAGAACUGGAUCUGUCGGAGCUGGAAGGCCUCGGUCUGUCAGAUAUAUCCACGUACAAGAUCAAGGACAGCAGCGCUGACAAAAUGAUCGGGCAAGCAACGGGAGCAAAGCAGGAGAAAAACCCUGAAGGUGAUGCCCUCCUUGAGUACAGCACCUUCAACUUCUGGAGAGCUCCCAUUGCCAGCAUCCACUCCUUCGAAUCGGACUUGCUCUAAGGCCAAGACGUCUCUCUCCCGCCACCUUGCCCUCAUUGUCCUUCCUCUCAAGCCUCUUCCUUUGCACUCCUUUCCCAUUUUAAUCUUGUUCUCUAUUGUGUUGGUGGUGCUGAUGAAUCUGCCAGAGUUGAGUUGUAUGUAUGUAUUUGUUUAUCUAUCUACUCCAUUUCUCUCAAAAGCCCUCAAGUCAUAAAGUAAAUGGUUCAAGCAAUGGGGUACUGGGUCACAGGGAUUCCUCCUUUUCCCCCCAAAUAUUAACUCCAGAAACUAGGCCUGAUUGUGGAUACCUGAGAGUAGUAUAGUAGUGCAAAAUGGAAGACUGAUUUUUUACUCCAUUUUAAUUGGCUUCAGAGAUUGCUUAAACCUUCCUAAUUUCCUGCUCCAGGCCAGUAAACACAAAUAUUUCUUCAAGGAGUGAUGAAAACCUCGGAAGUUUUAAUUAGAGAUUAUCUGCUAUGAAAUAGUAUUUCUAAAAGGCUAAGGUGAUAAGUCUCUUGCUUUUUUGAUCCUGCUUUCUUGUAAUAUUUUUCCUCAGAGAAAUCAAGGGGGUAGUUAGAAGUAUAAAACAAGAGGAAAUAAUACGUUAUGGAAAAUGAAAAUAGGGAAAAUAAUUGAAUCAUUUUAGAAGUAGCUAAUUUCUCAAAAGACUGUCCCUUCAGGCCUACUCACUUUACAACUUUGCUCCUGUGGAUUGAAAACUCUAGCUAAAGAAAGAUAUCAAAUCUUAAUAUGCAUUCUUGCUAUUAUGAUAGUUUUUAAGGUUUCAAUUCAAUCUUCCGAACUUUGUAAGUCCUUCAUAUUUUAGCCUUACCUCCUUCAUUUGCAAUAUGUAAUACUGAUCAGUGGGCAAAGUUCUUCAGCUGCACUGAGACCCUGAAAUGAACAAUUACAUUCUGACUCUACAUCUUGUCCUCAAUCCUUCCAAAAUUAUUGUUGCCGAUUUGUGCUGCCAUUUACUCAUUUAUUUAAUAAAGACAUUCAAUUCCAGGA